UCCGGUCUCUUCCGGAGAAGGCACGGACAGUGCGCGUGCGCAGAGAGUAUUUCCUCCUUUCUCUCUGCGGCCUGUUCGAGAAUCAAGAUGGCCAAGCGUACUAAGAAGGUUGGGAUUGUAGGUAAAUACGGUACCCGAUAUGGAGCUUCCCUCAGGAAGAUGGUGAAGAAGAUUGAAAUUAGCCAACACGCUAAGUAUACAUGCUCCUUCUGUGGAAAGACCAAAAUGAAGAGGAAAGCAGUGGGUAUUUGGCAUUGUGGCUCAUGUAUGAAAACAGUGGCUGGUGGAGCUUGGACGUACAACACCACUUCAGCAGUGACAGUGAAAUCAGCCAUUAGAAGACUGAAGGAGUUGAAAGACCAAUAGAAAUAUAUUCUUGUUUGAAUGCUGUCUAUUGUCUCAAGUCAUGCUAUCUGCCAAUUAAAGGUGGCUGUGAAAA